AUGACUUGGGAUGAGGUAGUGACGAACUUCCAUAAACGUUACACGAGGGAAAUCAAUAUAUCUGAUCACGUUGAGGCAUUAAUACAGUCGGUAGUGCUCAAGAACACGCUCGAAAACAUCUCAUUCAAUCAACGCCUUGGAUUCGAAGAGGACGGAGCAGUGGAGAUCAGCGCGGCAGAGUUGAGCGCGAGGAAUCGGAUAUCGAUGCAGGCUGCUGUUAAUAUGAGUAUGGACUUAGUCGCUUGA